UGUUGUUAUACAAAUCUCCAAAAACAUUAGCUAGAGAACGUUUAGCAUAAUAAUACAUAUACAAUAUAAAUAUGCAAUAAAGGUUCUCUGUAUCAAAGGGUUUGCGCGUCCGUAUCCCUCUCCGAGCAACCAAAUUGUUAUCUAUGAAAAGCAAGGUGCCAGCGCGCAAUCGCUCUUCUGUGUGCAAUACUUUGUGGGGUUGUGUAUGGUCGCGCUCUUUGCGUUUGGGGCUGCUAUAUAGUAUAAUAGAAUUGGAGCUUCAGACUCCAGUUCUCAUUUCGCUUUUGCCUACUGACAACAUCACAAGAGUCGUGUUUGCAUUGCGUCGUUCUUUGUCCGAAACGUCGGUUCAGUUAACUUUAUGUGCAGUCUCGCUGGUAGAUGCUCAUUCACCAACUUCAUAAGCUUUGCAUUUUAGUUUACACUUGGACGCUAUCUAACCUGCCUUUCUUUUUAAAUAUUGCUUAAUUAUUAAUUAAAUAAGUGACUUUGUAUAAUUUUACUACAUUACAUACAAAAAGUGUGUAUAAACUUCAAGAAAAGUGAAAAGCAGUCUAAGGUAAAAAACUUCCGUCAAACAUUGGCAUUAGCUAAUAGUCGAUGGGAAGUCGCAAUCACCACCCACACACAAAUAACCAACCCAACCACAUUGCUACGGUUACUGAAUCUUAUGGUGCAGCUUUAAAAAAUGCUUCGUGUUUUCUUUUUGCGCCGUUCGUCGAGAUUUAAUCUGCUUGACGUUGAAUUUUAGAAACGUAAAUAAGUGUGAUGCAGUGCAAAAAAAUAAACUGACGUGGUAGCAUCAAAUUCAAUUUGAAAUAUACUUUUUUCGUAUAUCUAACUAUCUGUAAUUUACGCUAAAAAAUCGGUUGUGAACAUUUUACCUUCACAUUGAAACGGAUUUACGGUUUACGGACGAGCGAGGACGUGCGAUUGCGGAAGUGUAGGCUGUUUCUAGUGGAUAUACAUACGUGUGUCUGCGUAGCUGAUAUCGUCGGGCAUACAAUUUGUAACCGACCCACCACCACCAUAACCGCCCACACUAAAUAACCGACCUACACAAGUACAAUAUUAAACGUUUCGGACUGUGCUGAAGUGCUGAAAUUGACGUCCUACACAAUUAUUUUGCAUUUAAAUUGAAUUUGUAUUUUACCAUACGCACAACACAUUAGCUGAAACAUGGAUUUGAAGUUCGUCAAUGUCAUUAUAUUGGGCUUCGGCUUUAUGUUCGUAUUCACGGCCUUCCAAACGAUGGGCAACAUUGAGAAAACCAUACUGGACAGCAUCGCGAAGGAAGAUAACAACUUCACCGGCGAUGGUUACACCAGUUUGGCAAUUAUUUACACGACAUUUUCGCUAUGCAAUUGGUUGGCGCCGUCCUUCAUAUCAUUUACAGGGCCACGUGUCGCCAUGUUGGUGGGCUCCUUAACUUAUACCCUCUUCAUGAUCACCUUUCUGUUCCCCUCCAACUGGUUGCUCUACCUGUCGAGUGGUAUUUUGGGCGCUGGUGCAGCCAUAACCUGGACGGGUCAGGGUAACUUCUUGGCACGCUGCAGUGAUCUCUCCACCAUAUCGCGCAACUCGGGCGUCUUCUGGGCGCUGUUGCAAUGCAGCAUGUUCUUCGGCAACAUUUUUGUUUACUUCCAAUUCCAAGACAAGGAGCAUAUUGACGCAGGCACACGCAGCAUGGUGAUCGGUGUGCUAACCGCCGUAGCAGUAUUGGGUAUAGUGUUCCUAGCAGCAUUGCGCCCCAUGGCUGACAACUCGGUGGGCACAUCUGAAAUGCAGCGACAGCAGCAGCAACAUCGUACCGGUUGGGGCAGCGCUGUAUAUGCGCUGAAAUCGGCUGGCAAUCUCUUCAUCACACGCGAUAUGCUGUUGCUCAGUGUGGCCUUCCUUUACACAGGCAUGGAAUUGUCCUUCUUCAGCGGCGUCUACGGUCCUUCAAUUGGCUUCACGAAAAAGAUACACAAUACACCGAAAGAAAUUGUCGGCUUGGCUGGUAUUUGCAUAGGCGCUGGUGAGGUGUUUGGUGGUGGUUUGUUUGGCAUUUUGGGAAAGAAGACAACGCGUUUCGGACGUGAUCCCAUCGUUAUUGCCGGCUAUGUCAUACACAUGAUUGCAUUCUUCUUGAUAUUCCUCAACUUGCCCAAUAAUGCGCCAUUCAAAGAUACCGAGGACAUAUCAUAUAUGGACCCACCGCGUGCAUGGAUCGCUCUGCUGUGUGCUUUUAUGUUGGGGCUGGGCGAUGCCUGCAUGAACACACAAAUCUAUUCGAUGUUGGGUGGCGUGUAUGUUAAGAAUUCAGUUGGCGCUUUUGCGCUCUUCAAAUUUACGCAGUCCAUCGCUGCUGCCAUAAGCUUCUUUUACUCAUCACACCUUGGCUUACGUGCCCAAUUAGGCAUUUUGGUCGUAUUCGGCACAAUAGGUACCGCCUGCUUUUGUAUUGUUGAGUGGGCGGUGAAGCGACGCCAACGUGAAUCGCCGGAGGACUCCAGAACUGUUUCGCAAGACUCACGCUCUGUUUCGUAUGACAAAUAAAGUAAGUUUCUACACAUCUUGCAACCCCAUACCUGAACUAAAUACAGAAUUUGCGACCUGAAUUGCCAACACCAAUUUCGAAGCCGCAGCGAGAAAGUUGAAAUUAUGUAUGUAUGUAAAAUCGAACACCUAGUUUUCAGUAAUAAAGGAUUUUGAAUAUAUGUAUACACAAACAAAAACAA